AUCACAUAAAAUUGUGAUGAGGGAGGGAGAAGCUAACUGAAAAAUGGAGGUUCCUCUUUGCAAUUGCAAUCGCCAUUUUUCCUUUCUCCCCUCUAAAACCCUCUUAAAACCCGCGCUCCAAUUUCCAAUUUGUAGUUACUCAAAUUUCCCGCUCAAACCCUUCCGCCGGCGAGUCUCUGUUUGCGCCGGCCGCGUGGUGGCUGACGCUCAAACUCUCCCGCAGUCCGCCAUUCAGCGAAUAGCCGAGAAGCUCCGAAGCCUUGGCUACGUUGAAGAAAGUAGCAGCGAUGCUUCAGAGGAGCCCUCGAUUUCCGGCGCAAAUUCUCCGGGAGCAAUUUUCGUCCCGUUGCCGGCGCGUCUGCCGAAGUAUCGGGUCGGGCAUACCCUCGACCCGAGCUGGAGCACGCCCGAGAAUCCGGUUCCUGAGCCCGGGGCGGGGAGUGCGAUACAGAGGUUUCAUGAGCUGAGACGCGGGGUUUUGGAGAAGGAGAGAGAGAGGGUUACAAAACGUAGGGAGGAAAAGAGGGAGAGUGCACCGAGUUUGGCGGAGCUUACUUUGCCGGCGCCGGAGCUGAGGAGGCUGAGGAGCAUUGGGAUUGCGUUGAGGAAGAAGUUGAAGGUAGGGAAAGCUGGGAUUACGGAAGGGAUUGUGAACGGGAUUCAUGAACGAUGGAGGCGCACCGAGGUGGUGAAGAUCACGUGCGAGGAUAUAUGCAGGCUCAACAUGAAGAGGACUCAUGAAUUAUUGGAGAAAAAAACUGGAGGUCUGGUUGUUUGGCGGUCUGGGAGUAAUAUAAUCUUGUUCAGAGGAACUGAUUACAAAUAUCCAUACUUUGUAGCUGAUAGAUUGUCAAAUGACUCUUCCACUGAAGAAUCUCCUGAAAUAGACAAGGAUCAAAGAAUACUCAGUACAAGGGGUAUACAGUCACCAGUCACUAAUGCUCUGGAUUCUUCUGGUCUGAACUCUGAUGCACAAAUCUCCCAUCCACCCCUAAUACAGGGUGUGGGUUUGCCAAAUAGAGUCCGGUUCCAACUCUCUGGGGAAGCACAGAUUACUGAGGAAGCUGAUGCAUUGCUAGAAGGACUUGGUCCACGGUUCAGUGAUUGGUGGGGUUGUGAUCCUUUGCCUGUUGAUGCUGAUCUUUUGCCCGCAGUUAUACCUGGUUACAGGAGACCUUUCCGUCUACUUCCAUAUGGAGUUAAACCUAAGUUGACAAAUGAUGAAAUGACUACAUUACGUAGACUUGGCCGGCCUUUGCCUAUCCAUUUUGCUUUGGGGAGAAAUAGGAAACUUCAAGGUUUAGCUGCUGCCAUUCUUAAACUCUGGGAGAAAUGUGAAAUUGCAAAAAUUGCCAUCAAGAGAGGAGUUCAGAAUACGAAUAGUGAACUGAUGGCUGAAGAAAUAAAGUGGUGGACUGGGGGAAGCUUACUUUCAAGAGAUAGAGAAUUCAUUGUUCUCUACAGAGGAAAGGAUUUCUUGCCAGCUGCAGUGUCUUCAGCCAUUGAAGAACGUAGGAAACAUGAAUUCGAUCUCUCAAAAGCCAGGGUAGGCAACUUAUCAAUUGGGAAUGAACAAGGAUGUGAAAGUACAGUUAACGAACAUGCUGUUGAAGCUGAGCAAGACGAAGAAAACGACCGAAAAUUUCAGGAACGCAUUGAAAUGAGGAAGGCGAGAUCUGCAGAGGCAGCUAUGGAGAGAACAAGCACCAAGUUGUCCAUGGCCUUAGAAAAAAAAGCCCGGGCGGAAAAGCUUUUAGCUGAGCUCGACGAAGAACAGACUCUUCAACCACCUCCAUUAGACAAAGAGGGUAUAACUGAAGAAGAAAGGUAUAUGCUCAGAAAAGUGGGUUUGAGGAUGAAACCUUUCCUACUAUUGGGCAGGAGAGGAGUAUUUGAUGGAACAGUAGAGAACAUGCAUCUGCACUGGAAAUACAGGGAACUGGUUAAGGUAUGUAUUGGCAAAAGGAGCAUUGAAGAGAUUCAUGAAGUAGCUCGUAUAUUAGAAGCUGAAAGUGGUGGAAUAUUAGUAGCUGUUGAGCCAGUCAGUAAAGGUUAUGCCAUCAUCGUAUAUCGUGGAAAAAACUAUAAACGCCCUGCUUCGUUGAGGCCUCGGUCACUUCUGAGCAAAAGAGAAGCAAUGAAACGUUCAUUAGAGGCACAACGCCGUCAGUCCUUGAAACUACAUGUUCUGAAGCUCAACAGGCAUAUUGAUGCCUUGAAGCUCAAAAUGGACAAAGAUGUAGAUAUAACUGAUAUGCAGUUGAUGAAAGAUUUGAAACCUGGAGCUGUUGACCAGGAGAAUAAUGAAUCUUGCUCGGACGAUGACAAUUUCUCAGAGAGAGACUCUGACAGUGAUAGCCAGUCUUUCUUUGAAGAUCCUGCUGAUGAGGCUAGAGAAACCGGUGGAAAUGAUGCAACUUUUACAGCACCAGAGGAUUCCGUGCACUCGACAAACGAGACUUUGGAGUUUAGUCGACCAAACUUACCAGGAGAUGACUCUGUAGGGCCUGCAGCGAAAAAUAAUUAUUUGUUCGAAAAGGUAGAGCCAGAGCUUCGUCAUAAAUCAUCACCUAAGGGAAACAGAGGUUUUGCAAACAUAAAGCAGCAAAUUGGAAAUGUUGGAAGGCCACAAGAUAGAACACGCACUUCAACCACCAAUUAUGUUCCGUCUCAUGGUCAAGGUGGGAGAUAUAACACCAGCAGUAACCGGAAUGCUGAACUCAGAACCACAGUUCAGAAAACCAUUCCUCAGAGGCCACCAUCGGUGCCUUCUAGGGCUCUCCAGCUUUCAAACAAAGAGAGGCUUCUUCUAAGGAAGCAGGCCCUAAAGAUAAAACGAGCACCAUUGCUCGCUGUUGGCAAGAGUAAUGUCAUUGCCGGAGUUGCUAAAUCGAUAAAGGAGCACUUCCAAAAGCAUCCUCUCGCCAUAGUGAGUAUCAAAGGCAGAGCCAAGGGGACAUCAGCGCGGGAGGUGAUAUACAAUCUCGAGCAAGCAACGGGUGCCAUUCUCGUUUCUCAUGAACCUAGCAAAGUGAUACUCUACAGAGGCUGGGGAUCAGGAAUAGAACCUGAACCUGAUCAAGUGCGUGGAGAGGUAAAGGCUCGCCCACUCGUAUCUCCCGAGCUCAUGUCAGCAAUAAGACUCGAGUGCGGUUUGACAUCUUCCAUCCGAGAACAAGCAGUUUCAGACAACAUUCCCAGCGACAACUAAGAGUUUCAGACAUCGUUACACACUCAUCAGGAAUCUGUACAGACAGAGCAUUACUCUGUCUCUAUGUGUCUGUGGAACUGAAAGCCCCCACCAUGUGAAGAUGUAUAAAGCUUCCGGCAUUAAACAUUUACAGUGUACAUGGAUUCGUGCUUGCUUUUAGGCUGUAUCAGAAUAUAUAUAUAUAUAUAUAUAUAUAUAUAUUUAUAUAUAUAUAUAUAUAUGUAAAAUCAAGGUAAUUCUUUCGCCUCUA